AUGAGAUAUGGUACGUUGGGAGAAGAGAUUAAUACAACCGAGGUAACUGAUGAGUUUGAAACUUUACAGACAAUUAAAAGAACAAAGCAAAAUAUAGUAGGGUGGUAUUUUUAUUCAUUCUCUAGUGAACCAUUUGUCGUAUCAGCGAUUGCUACAUAUAUUCCAUUACUUUUAGAACAAUUUGCAAGACAUAAUGGUGUUACUUUAGAGGAUCAUUCUGUGCAUUGUACUGCAGAUCAUGAUAAAUGUGUAUUAGGACUAUUCAGUAAUAGGAUAUAUAUCGAUACAUCUAGUUUUGCAUUAUAUACAUUUUCUGUUAGUGUGUUUUUCCAGACGUUGGUGGUUAUUACAGUCUCAGGAGUGGUAGAUAUUUGGAAUACCGUGACGUUCAAAAGAAAUGUUUUAUUAUUAUUUGGUAUUAUUGGUGCACUUUCUACAAUAUUAAUUUCAAGAAUAUAUAACACUCAGUAUUAUAUGUUAGCAUUUCUUUGUAUUCUUUCCAACUCAUGCUAUGGUGUUGUAAAUGUUGUUGGAAAUUCUUUGUUACCUUUGUUUGUUAGUGAAUACUUGCAGCAUAACUCAAGCUCACUGGAUGAACGUGACAAUGUUGAUAUAUUGACAACAUUGAUCAGUGGUAGAGGUGCUAGUAUUGGGUACUCUAGUGCUCUGGUGGUUCAAAUAAUAUCUAUAUUUUUGAUUAAAAAAAGCAAAUCAAGUGAGAAUAUUCAAGUUGCAACUCUAUUUGUUGGUAUAUGGUGGCUAAUAUGGCAAUUGCCGAUGUCAUGGCUUCUACAAGAUUCACCAAUCUCUGCUGACGUUACACCAGAAGAUAUGGAUAAUUUAAGUAUACAUAAACCUAAAAAAUGGAUUUUUAAAUUUUCAAAUUUAAAACAUGGUUGGUCCUCACUAUUCCAAGCCUUGAAGCAUGCAAAACUAUUAAAAGAUGUUGUUAUUUUCCUGGUUGGUUGGUUUAUUGUCAGUGACUCAGUGACAACUAUUAACUCUACUGCCAUCCUUUUCGCUAAAACGGAACUUAAAAUGAGUACCUUAAGUUUAAUUGUCCUAAGUAUUUUGACAAUGAUCAAUGCAAUAUUGGGUGCCUUUACAAUUCCUCAGUUUAUUUCAAGAAAGUUUCAGCUGCCAGGUGAAAAGUUACUGAUCUACAUAAUUCUUUGGGCCAGCUUUAUUCCAUUCUAUGGUAUUUUAGGAUUUGUGUUUAAAAAUAUUGGGUUAAAACAUAAAUUCGAGAUGUUUAUAACGGCGAUAUGGUACGGAAUAUCUCUUGGUGGUCUUUCCGCAGUCUCAAGAUCGGUGUUUAGUUUAAUUAUUCCAAGAGGUCAAGAAUCCACAUUUUUUAGUAUUUUUAACGUUACUGACAAAGGCUCAUCUAUUUUAGGACCCCUUCUGAUAGGUUUAAUUACCGAUUAUACUCAUGAUAUUAGGUAUUCUUUCUUCUUACUAUUUGCUUUAUUGAUUUUGGCUAUACCUAUAUUUCAUCUUCUUGACGUUGAAAGAGGAAAGAAAGAAGCAAGUUCCCUACAGAAGAUACCUAUCGCCGACUAG